GAACUGCAGAAGUAGCUUUACUAGGGCACACGCCCGACUCGGACCAAUUUGGGGGCUGCAAUUAGAUCGAGAUCAAAGCCAUGGAGAUGAACGACGGCGAGAACGAAGAGUUUGGGUUCUCCAGAAACUACUUUCUGGCAAAGGAGCUCCGCGGCUCUGGCAAAUCGCAAUCUAAGCUCUCGGAUAUCGAUAUCGUCGAUGAACAGGAACUGGUUGCGGCGGCGGCUCAAAUCGAACCCAAACAUGAGAAAGAGGUGAAGGAUUUGAUGAACAGUUACAAGAGUUCAUAUCCAGAAUGGGCUUUUGAACUGAGAUGUGGUCUUGGCCUUCUUAUGUAUGGAUUUGGAUCUAAGAAGGCCUUGCUUGAAGAUUUUGCUUCAACAUCGUUGACGGAUUAUUCUGUGCUUGUUGUCAACGGCUAUCUUCAGGGAAUAAAUAUAAAACAGGUUGUGGUAGCCUUAGCUGAACUUCUGUGGGAUCAAUUGAAAACCAAAAGGACUCCUUCUAGAAGCUCGUCAAAAGUGCAACAACCAUUUAGUUCUAGGUCCAUGGAUGAUCUUCUUGCAUUUUUGGAUGGAUCGGAAGAUACAACAAACGAAUGUAUAGUAUGUGUUGUCAUUCACAACAUUGAUGGACCUGGAUUAAGGGACUCAGAAACCCAACAGUGUCUUGCACGAGUUGCUUCUUGUUCUCAUAUUCGCAUUGUGGCCUCUAUCGAUCAUGUCAAUGCACCUCUUUUGUGGGACAAGAAGAUGGUUCACACACAAUUCAACUGGUGCUGGCAUCACGUUCCUACCUUUGCCCCAUACAAGGUCGAAGGAAUGCUCAUUCCACUGAUUCUUGCACAUGGAAAUACCACCCAAAGUGCCAAAGGUGCUACAAUAGUUUUGCAGAGUUUGACAUCCAAUGCUCAGAGUGUGUUCAAAGUUCUUGCAGAAUAUCAACUAUCCCACUCGAACGAAGAAGGGAUGCCGAUUGAUAAUCUGUACGCAACCUGUCGAGAGCGGUUCCUCGUGAGCAGCCAGCUUACGCUCAACUCCCAUUUGACGGAAUUCAAAGAUCAUGAAUUGGUGAAGACCAAAAGGAAUUCUGAUGGCCAGGAUUGCUUGCACAUCCCUCUCACAAAUGAGGCACUUGAAAAACUGCUAGCAGACCUGAGUCAAUGACUUGUUAUUUAACUACUCGGUCUUUCAAAAUUAUGUGGAUUUUAUGUCCUGAUACAAGUGGCAAUAAUCCAAAUUUUUCACUCCCUGCUUAAAAAGUGACUAAAGUGCAUCGAAACGUGUACUAACCUCCUAGCGUGUGCUUGUAUCAUGUGCGGCUCUGCAGUGUGCGGGAGGUUUCAUUUUUAUCGCACGCGUCUAAAGAGAGCAUUUUGUGUGUAGAAGAGACUCGGGAGAGUUUAAAAUAUAGGAUGAUGAAAAGAGUGUCAA